AUGGAUCCAAUCAACAACAAUUUCCAUAUCCCUCCUAAGCCACCGAAUAAGGAUACUAACACUCAAAAAGAAGAAAUCAAAAGUUUUAAAGACAAACUUAUUGAAGGAGUACAGCAUUCCCUAAAAAUUGCUGAGACCCCUACAUAUAUUGAUACUACUACAAAACUCCAAGAAUCAAAUCCCCUACCCAUUCACUCAAGGUCCGUGGAUGAACAGAGAAUUCACUUGACAGAGGAAGACCAAGAAUGUAUAUAUCAACCAUGGAGAUAUUCUCUCAUUAUCAAACUACAUGGUAAAAAAAUCCAACACCAUAUCCUCAAAAAGAAAAUUCAGGUUGCUUGGAAAAUUAUGGAUAAUUUUCCCCUAAUCGAUUUGGGAGAAGACUACUACAUAGCAAAAUUCAAAUGCGAAGAACACAUGAUCAGAGUCCUAAACAAUGGCCCGUGGUUCAUAUUUGGCCGUUUUCUCUCUAUCCAGAGAUGGAAGCCAAACUUUGUGGCAACAGAAGUAAAGAGCUCACUCACAGCCAUUUGGAUUCGUCUACCUCAAUUACCAACCGAAUUUUAUGAUGGUAUUAUUUUAGCAAAAAUUGGAAAUGCCAUUGGCAAGUUACUAAAAGUGGAUACGUGCACUUCUUCAACGCUAAGGGGACGCUACGCUAGAUUGUGCAUUGACCUCCCACUCGAGGUUCCUGUAAUUCCCUUCAUCAAUAUUGGCCACCAUAAACAAAUCAUCCAAUACGAGGGUGAGAAUACUCUAUGCAAGCAAUGUGGAAGACUGGGUCAUGUGGCAAUGAGGUGCCACUAUGUAAAAACUCCACUGCCAGCCAUAAACUCCAUUCCAGGUAAUCCAAAUCCUCACUCUAAGGAAGUAAGAAAUGUCAGCGAAGUUAAUGGCAAUGCAUGGCAGACGGUUAAGUUCCCAAAGAAAAAAAGAACCAAUGGAAGAGGUUCUGAAACCACUCAAAAUCCAGGUAUUCAAUAA